AGUGAGGCUCCUCCCUCACACGUGGGGAGGGAGGAGAGCACCGUGAGGGCAGGGGCGCGUGAGGCUGAGAGCCACCAGAGCAGGUCUGGCUUCCGUGCCAACCCCCUGGCAGACACGCGAUGAGACGGGCCGUGCUGCCCGAAGACAGGCUCACUGGGAUGGCUGCCCGUACAUCUGGAAAACUCACUGCUCCGGGUUUUCUGAUUUCUUGGAGUUGCCCGGGAGGUGAUGAAUAGGCUGGCUGAGCUCAGGACAGGGAGGACCCUAACCUAAGGAGUCCAUCUGCAGCAGCCCAGGAGGAGACAGAGCCUCGCUCCCUGCCGAGCCGGGGCCAGGAGGAGACAGAGCCUCGCUCCCAGCCGACCCGGGGCCAGGAGGAGACAGAGCCUCGCUCCCUGCUGACCCGGGGCCAGGAGGAGACAGAGCCUCGCUCCCUGCCCAGCCGGGGCCAGGAUCCAGGAUGGGGCAGCAGUUCAGCUGGGAGGAGGCAGAGGCGGCCGGCGAGAUGGACGUGGCGGAGCUCCAGGAGUGGUACAAGAAGUUCGUGGUGGAGUGCCCCAGCGGCACGCUCUUCAUGCACGAGUUCAAGCGCUUCUUCAAGGUCACGGGCAAUGAGGAGGCCACCCAGUAUGUAGAGGGCAUGUUCCGAGCCUUCGACAAGAACGGGGACAACACCAUCGACUUCCUGGAGUACGUGGCAGCCCUGAACCUAGUGCUGAGGGGCACCCUGGAGCACAAGCUGAAGUGGACCUUCAAGAUCUAUGACAAGGACCGAAAUGGCUGCAUAGACCGCCUGGAGCUGCUCGACAUUGUGGAGGCCAUUUACAAGCUGAAGAAAGCCUGCAGGGUGGAGCCGGAGGCCGGGCAGCAAGGCCAGCUGCUCACGCCCGAGGAGGUCGUGGACAGGAUCUUCCUCCUGGUGGAUGAGAACGGAGACGGCCAGCUGUCUCUGGAUGAGUUCGUCAGAGGUGCCCGCCGAGACAGGUGGGUGAUGAAGAUGCUGCAGAUGGAGGUGAAUCCCGGCGGCUGGAUCUCUCAGCAGAGGCGGAGAAGUGCCAUGUUCUGAGCGUCUGGGGCCCUGGGACCCUGUGCGAGGCCACAGGCCCCUCCAAGACGCCAGGCUCGCAGUAGUGGGAGCGCCCCUGGCUCAGCUGUGCCCUGCAUCCUGGCAGCCCUGUAGAGGGGGAGGGGACGGGCUGCUGGUCCAUUGGGGGAGUUCCUGGGGUGGUGAAGGGAAUGGCCUACUCACCCCUUUCAGCUGCUCCUGGGCUGGGCAGUUAUGAGGCUCCACAAAUUCCCACGCGGUUCUUAGCUGGAAGCAGGAGAAAACUGAGGGGCGGGGUCCCAUAGACCUAAUUAACAGUGAGCGCCCGCCCGCCCGCCCCGCCCCGGGGAAGCAGACUGGUAGAAGGCAGGGGCUGGAAGGUGGGGGGAGGGGCCUGUAAUCGCAUUCCCCCAGGAUCUUAAGGGUCUACAGAGGGCGCUUGCCCCUCCUCUCCAAGGUGUCCCUACCUGGGGUGCCAACAGGGAAAACUUCAGCCAGCCAGGCCUGGUCUCCUGCCCUUGGAGGGGUCAGCUGUUCUCAAAGGGGCUGCUUCAGCUCUGCCCUGGUUCUGCUUCCCCAGCCCUGGGGCCCGCUGCCUCCCCAACAUCCCCCUCCCCUUCCGUACCCCUUACCCCCUCGCCUCUCCAAGACCCUCCCCAGCAUGGCCCUGCCACAGUUCCCAGCCACGAGCUGAGUGUGUCUCCUUCGUGAAUGGAGACGCCUUCCCUCUGUCUCUGGAGAGAAUUGGGGGCCUGAUGACCUGGGUUCUAGCUCAGGCUUUGGCUCCAGCUGCUAUGUGACCCCAGACGGCCAGUUCUCUUCCUGACCUGUUACUUCCUCUGCACGGUGAGCAGGACUGGACUAGACCAGCAGUUAUCAGAUGAUUAUUUUUUUAGAUUUUGAAUUAUUUUUGUUAUAUAAAUUCUAUGUGCAACCCAAUAUAGAAACUAGAUUAAAAGGGAUCUGAGCCCGGCCGGUGUGGCUCAGUGGUUGAACAUUGACCCAUGCACCAAGA